CAUGCGCCGCUCCCCGAGCGGAAGUGGAGGAGGGCGCGCGUGGCGUCGCCUCAGCGUCGGCUGCGAGGCCGCACCGCGAAUCGUGAGGGGUCUGUCGCGAUAGAGCGGAGCUGUCGGCGAUAGAGGAGCAGCCGGGAUGUACAAUGGCAUCGGGCUGCCCACGCCGCGGGGCUCCGGCACCAACGGCUACGUCCAGCGCAACCUCUCGGCCCUGCGGCCCAAGAAGGGGGGGGCGGGCGGGGACCCCCCCCCCGGGCAGGAGGAGCUGCGGCGCCUCGAGGCCGCCCUGGCCAAGAAACCCAACCCCGACAUCCUCGACCACCAGCGCAAGAGGAGGGUGGAGCUGAAAUGCCUGGAGCUGGCUGAGCUCAUGGAGGAGCAGGGCUACUCAGCCGAGGAGAUCGAGGCCAAGGUGGCCACGUUCCGCACGAUGCUGCUGGAGAAGGACGAGGGCCCGGGGGAGCCCGAGCACAAACCCACGGCCACGGAGACGCACCAGCUGGCCGAGGCCAACGAGCGCAAGAACGAGCGGCUGCGCGCGGCGUUCGGCAUCAGCGACGCCUACGUGGACGGGAGCGCCUUCGACCCCGGCAGGAGGGGCAAGGAGGGGAAAGAGGCGCCCCCAGAACCUCCUGAGCCUCCCAGCGCCGUGGCUGAGCCGUCGAGCUCCCGCUCGCCCUCCCCCAAGCAGAAGAAAAAGAAGAAGAAGAAAGAUCGGGGCAGGUCCGCCAGCCGCUCCGGGGAGAGGAAGAAGAGCAAGAAGAAGAAACACAGGUCGGAGUCUGAGGCCAAGAAGCGAAAGCACCGGUCCCCCAGCCCCAAGGCCAAGCACAAGGCCAAGGAGAAGAAACGCAAGAGAUCCACCAGCCAAUCGCAGAAGCCCGAGCGCUCUUCCUCCCCGGCCGGCUCCUCCUCCUCCUCCGGCUCCUCCCGCAGCAGGUCCCGCAGCGCCACGGCCCCGACCCCGACGCCGGCGCCGCCGCCGCGCCGCGAGGAAGAGGAGCCGGCGCCACCUUCGGCCUCACCUGCCGCCGCCGCCCCUCCCCCGCCGCAGCGCCGCGGCCCCCGCGCCUCCCGGCACCGCUCCCGCUCCCGGCCGCGCUCCCGGCGCCGCUCCCGCUCCCGGCCCCGGCGCCGCUCCCGCUCCCGCACCCCGCUCUGGACGCCCAACGCCACCUCCCCGCUGCGCUGGCCCGGCGUGGCCGGGGUCACCGCGCCGCUGACGCUCGGCGCCGCCGCCAACACCACCAGCAGCUCGGCCCGGUCCCGCUCCCGGUCCCGCCCGCGCCGCCGAUCCCGAUCCCGGCGCCGCUCGCGCUCCCGGCGUUGGGGGCGAUCCCGGUCGCGUUCACGCUCGCGGCGUCGCUCCCGGUCGCCGAUCCGGCGUUCCCGCUCACCGAUCCGCCGCUCCCGCUCGCCGAUCCGGCGUUCUAGAUCACCAAUCCGCCGUUCUAGAUCCCCGAUCCGGCGUUCCCGGUCGCCCAUCCGCCGCUCGCGCUCCCGGCGCCGUUCCCGCUCCCGGCGCCGCUCCCGUUCCCGGCGUCGUUCCCGCUCCGCGCCGCGCCGCUCCCGCUCCCGGCGCCGCUCCCGCUCGUUGUCGCCGUCACCCGACCGGCGCCGGCACCGCCGGGGCGGGACGCGCCGGAGCCGGUCGGAAUCUUCCGGAAAAUCGCGCGGGCGCGGCGGCCGCCGGAGCCGCUCGCUGUCGUCGCCGCUGCCCAAGAAACGGGCGAGGGCGCGGUCGCGGUCGGCGUCGCCGCGGCGCCGGCGCGGGCGGAGCGACAGCCCCUCCCCCACCCCGCCCGCUCGGGCCGUCCCCCACCCCUCCCCCGCCUCAAAUUUCAGCCCCGCCCCCCUCCGCUGUCACCGGUGUCCCCUCCCCCGUCCCCGUCCCCGCCCGGCCCAAGUGGGUCCCGCUGGCCGAGCUGCCCCCGGCGGCGCCGCGGGGGGUGACACCGGGGGUGACACCGGGGGUGGCGGCGGCGUCCAACCGGCGCCGCCCGGCACCGAGGGGGCCACCAAAGGAGCCGAGGGGGCCACCAGGGCCACCCCCGAGGGGACAACGGUGGCGGGGAGUGAGGAGAAGCCACCCGCGGUGGCUGAGGGGACGGCGGCGGCCGCGGCCACCAAAACGUCCCCAGGGAUGGCGGGGAGCAGUGACAACAAGAUGGCCGCCAGUGAAAACAAGAUGGCCGCCAGCGACAACAAAAUGGUGGCAAGUGACAACAAAAUGGCUGGCAGUGACAAGAAGAUGGCCGCCAGUGACAAUAAAAUGGUGGCGAGUGACAAUAAAAUGGCCGCCGGUGAAAACAAGAUGGCCGCCAGUGACAAUAAAAUGGCCACUGGUGAAAACAAGAUGGCUGCUGGUGAAAACAAGAUGGCUGCUGGUGAAAACAAGAUGGCUGCUGGUGACAACAAGAUGGCCGCCAGUGAAAACAAGAUGGCCGCCAGUGAAAACAAAAUGGCCGCCAGUGAAAACAAGAUGGCUGCUAGUGAUAACAAGAUGGCCGCCAGUGACUCCAAACCAGCUGUGAAUGGCACCCGAGUGCCCGCAGGUGACACAAAAGCCACCCCAGGUGACACCAAAGCCACCGCGGGUGACACCAAGCCGCCGCCGUCGCCGUCCCCGCCCGUCCCCAAGGCUCUGUCCCCGAACGUCCCCAAGGUGGAGACCCCAAACCCGCCCCCCUCGUUGUCCCCAAACCGUCCCCAACGCCGCCCCCCGACCCCAAACCCUCCCCAUCCCCCCCGCGCCGCCCCGGCGCCGGCCCCGGCUGUCACCGCGCUUGGGGACCUUGGGACGCCGCCACCCGCCACCCCCGGGGCUGCCGCGGGCGCUGGCGCGGUCCCCUGCCGGCGGAGGUGGCACCUUGGGGACGUUGGGGGACAUUGCUGCCGGCGGCGCGCCUCUCGCUGCCGUCCUCGGCCCGUGGCCGCCUCGGCGCUGCCACCGGUGUCACUUGUCACCAAGGCCACCCCGGCGCGGCUCGGCGCACCAAGGCGCCGCCAUCAAGAUGUCCCCAAGGGCGGUGGCGUUGUCACCAAGGCGCCGCCCGAGGUCAAGGCCGUCCCUAAAGCCACCGUGGGAACCGCCAAGGCCACCAACGUCACCGUGGGGGUGGCGCUGACCGACAGCAAGGUGACAAACGUCGCCGGUGUCACCGACAGCAAAGCCACCCCCGGCGUCACCGCGGCCACCCCUGGCGUCCCCAAGGCCACCCCCGGUGUCCCCAGGGCCGUCCCCGCCGGGGUCAGCCCCCUGGGCGCCGCCAUCUUGCGCGCCAGCGCCGACGCCACCGCCAAGGCCACCGCCAUGGCCGCCAAGGCCACCAGUAUGACCAGUAACACCAGUAUGAGCAGUAACACCAGUAUGAGCGGUGCCACCAGUGCCACCAGCAACGCCGCCGCCGUCACCAAGGCCACCAGUGCCCCCAGUCUGACCAGUGCUGGCAAGGCCACCGCUCCCAGUGUCACCAGUGCUCCCAGUGUCACCAGUACCAGUGUGGCAGCGGCUCCCAGUAUCACCAGUGCUCCCAGUAUCACCAGUGCUGCGACUCAGAGCGGCUCCAGUGUCACCAGUGCGACCAACGCCGCUGCUCCCAGUGCUCCCAGUAUCACCAGUACCGGCAUGGCUGCAGCUCCCGGUAUCACCAGUGCUCCCAGUAUGACCAGUGCUGCGACUCAGAGCGCUCCCAGUGCUCCCAGUAUCACCAGUGCUGCACCUCAGAGCGUUCCCAGUGUCACCAGUGCUCCCAGUAUCACCAGUACCAUCAUGGCUGCAGUUCCCAGUGCUACCAGUGCUCCCAGUAUCACCAGUACAGCCAUGGCUGUGGCUCCCAGUGUCACCAGUGCUCCCAGUAUCACCAUGGCUGCAGCUCCCAGUGCUCCCAGUUCCACCAGUACCACCACGGCUGCAGCUCCCAGUUCCACCAGCACCGACGCCGUCCCGAUGGACACCAGCGCUCCCAGUGCUCCCAGUGCUCCCAGUACGGCCGCCGUCCCCAAGAGCUCCUCGUCGUCGUCGUCCUCCUCGUCCUCCUCUUCCUCCUCCUCCUCCUCCUCGUCCGACUCCGACUCCGAUUCCAGCUCCAGCUCUUCCGACUCCGCGCCGCCCUCGCCGGCCCCGCCCACCGGGUAAG